AUGACCCCCGCCGAGUUACGAGCUGUUGCCAAGUCAUACUUGGCGCCGGAACGCUAUAUCGAACUGUUGGAGGAGGUGAGUGGCGCGGCAGGCGCUCUGCUACGGCGCCGGGCCGUGCGGGAAAGGCCCAUGCGGCCCUUCCGUUGCAGCUCCUGCGGUGCAGAAGUCUUCGCCACGACGGAAAGUGGGAGUCCAGGAGACGGACCGGAUGGCGUGGUCACAAAGGAUGGCAGCCCUGUCCCCGAGUGCCGCCGCUAUCAUCCCGGCUUCAAAUGGAGCGCCUGUCCAGAUCACAACGGCAAGUGUCCCACCUGCAAGAGAUGCAGUGCACGAUGGUCCUGCUGUCAGAACCUGGAAAACUCUAUUGGUUGCCGGCGGCGCGUGCACGAAUGGCAUGAGGCCCAUGAAAGCCGACCACGAUGGCAGCGGUCCAAACGCGCGCGUCUGAAGUGA